AUGGUGAUGAAAAGGAAUAAACUAAUUGCAGAAACACGAUAUGUGAGAUGUUCUCGAGAGCCAAGCGAUGAUCUACGGACCUUGUGCAGCGUCGUAGCCGAGAAGAUCACCACAAAACCUGGAGAACGUUGUCUGAGUGAUUUCGAACCAGCAUUGAAGUCUGUGCCCAACAAUGUGCCGAUAGCCGAGGAUACGAAAUCGUUCACAAAGGGUGCCGUCAAACAAUCAUGUGAUUUGCACAAGUAUGAGAAUUACGCCUCAAUCAAACGUGAAAGACGUCUAUCUUUGGCGACGAGGCGCAUGCCUCAACGAGACAAUGGCCUUCACUAUCAACUGCGGUUUUCCAUUCAGUCGGAAGAAUCUGGACAGGAUUCAAAAGGACCCCCAACUCUAUUUGGAAAGACUCCUGGCACGACACUAAAUCGCUAA